AUGGAGAAUUUAAUUUUCAUCAUUGGUGUAAUAGGCAACAUAAUCUCAGUUCUCAUGUUUCUAUCUCCGGUGAAAACAUUUUUGAGGAUCGUGAAAAACCGAUCGACCGAGGAAUUCGAGAGCCUACCGUACGUGUGUACGCUGUUGAAUUCGAGCUUGUGGACUUACUAUGGAAUUAUAAAGCCUGAGAGCUAUCUUGUUGCCACUGUUAAUGGCUUCGGAGUGGUGGCUCAGUUGGUGUAUAUAGCUUUGUUUCUUCUAUUUGCUCCUCCAAGACAAAGAGUAAGGACAGCAAUAAUGUUUGCAGUUGUAAAUGUGUUAUUUUUUGGGGCAGCUUUAGUAGUCACAUAUUUGCUGUUGAAUGAGGACAUAAGGAUUGAUGCAAUUGGACUCAUGAGUUCAGCUUUCAACAUUAUUAUGUAUGCUUCACCUCUUGCAGCCAUGAAAAGCGUGGUGACGAGCAAGAGCGUGGAAUAUAUGCCUUUCCUUCUCUCCUUUUGCUUUUUCUUGAAUGGUGGAGUUUGGUCUUUCUAUGCUUUCCUUCAGCGAGACUGGUUUCUUGGGGUACCAAAUGGGAUUGGCCUUGCAUUAGGGACACUGCAGUUGGUACUCUACGCAAUGUACACUAAUUACAAACCAUCAAAACUUCAAAAGGCUGAUUUCGAGGACACAAGCCAAAAUGAGCCACUGAUUUCAGCUUCACAACAAUGUUGA